AUGCUUUUGCGCCUCGGGCAUGACGCUCUGCCGACGACGGCGCCGGCGACGCGCGACGUCGCCUCGCCGGAGGAGGUGGCGCCGCUGGCCGACGACGAAGCGCACACGCCCUCGCCGCUGGCGAACGAGGCCGCCGUCGGGACGCCCCUGGAGAUCGCGGCGCCGGCGGGCGCGGCCGCGCCGCCGGACGACGGUGGCUACCGCGCGGACAUCGACGGCCUCCGCGCCGCGGCCGUCGCGGCGGUCGUCGCCUUCCACAUCGACGAGGCGGCGUACCCGGCCGGCUUCGCGGGCGUCGACGUGUUCUUCGUCAUCUCCGGCUUCGUCGUCGCCGCGUCCGUCGACCGGAAGCUGCGGAAGGACCGCGAUGUUCGAGCGUUCCUCGGCGAAUUCUACGCGCGGCGCGUGGGCCGCCUCGCGCCGGCGCUGGCCGUCGCGACGGCCGCGGGCGCGGUCGCGCUCGCCGCCGUCGGGAGGGGCGAGCCGCGGCUCGGCGAGUACUUCAACACGGGUCUCCUGGGCCUGGUGGGCGGCGCGAACGUCUUUUUGCUCUCCGUAGCGGAGCGCGACGAGAAGCGCGAGGUCGAGGCGACGGGCGGCGUCACCGACGACGCCGGCGGCUACUUCACGAGCUACGGCGACGCGGACCGCGCGCCGCACCGCCUCGACCGCAACCCCUUCAUGCACACGUGGUCCCUCGGCGUCGAGGAGCAGUUCUACGUGAUCUUCCCGCUCAUCGCCUUCGCGUCGCGCGGGCGGUUCUGGCCGCUCCUCGUGCUCGUCGUCGCGUCCGCGGCCUACGCGGCGACGGCGGACGCGUCGAUGGCCUUCUACCUCAUGCCGGCGCGCUUCUGGGAGCUCGGCGCGGGCGCGCUCGCGUGGCACGCGCUCGAGUCGCCGCGCUACCGCCGCGACGCGCUCCUCGCGCGCCUCGACCGCGCGGGCGCGGUCGUCGACGCGGCCGCGGGCCUGCUGCUCGUCCUCGCCGGCGUGCUUUCGCGACCGGGGCGCGGCUGGCCCUUCCCGGGCGCCUGCCUCGCCGUCGCCGGCUCGGCGGCGUUCCUCGCCGCGGGCGCCGCGGGGAAGGCGCGCGGGCGCUGCGGUUCGAGCCUCGCGCGGUGCGCGCGGCUGGGCAAGCUCAGCUACGGCAUCUACCUCUGGCACUGGCCCAUCCUCACGAUUUGCCGCUACGCGGACGCGCCAAUCGCCGCGGCCGCGUGCGCGUGCGCCUUCGGCUCGCUCCCCGCCGCGGCGGCGUCCUACGCGACGCUCGAACGGGCCGUCUCCGGGCUCCGAAACCUGAGGACGAGGUGGCUCGCCGGCGCCGCGUGCGCGGCCCUCGCCGCCGCCGCCACCGCGACGGCCGCCGCCGCCGCGGGCGCCUACGGCCGAAGCUCCGGCGGCCGCGACGCGUAUCCCUACUACGCCUUCGCGUACAACGGGACCUGCGCCUGCGCCGCGGACUACUGCGCGCCGGGCGCCCGGAACCUCGCGGACUGCGCCAUCCCUCGCCGCGACGGCCCCGCCUGCGGCGCCUUCCAAAGUCCCCAGCCCGAGAUCGCCGCGGGCGUCCGCUUCGGGUCGUACCAGGCGCGGAGCGAGCGCGACCCGGCGUCCCGCGGCCGCGACGCUUCGCGGCUCACCGGCACACGAUCGUCCGCGGAGACCGGCCGCGCGUUCUAUCUUCUCGGCGACUCGCACGCCAACGCGAUCGCGCCGGCCGCGCAGGCGGCGCUCGCGGGGUCGUCGCUGCAGCUCCGGGCCAUGACCGUCGGCCACGGCUGCGGCUACUCCUCGCGGGCGUUCAACGCCGCGGUCAUGGCCUACUUUGGCCACGACGGCGACGAGCUCUCCGACCGGUGCCGGACCUACGAGGACGAGGUCCGAACCAAGCUCGACGCGGUCCUCGCGCCCGGCGACGUCCUCGCCGUGGCGACGGCGACGUACAAGCCCGGCGACCGCGCGGGGACCUGCUUCGCCUUGGGCGCCUUCGGCGACAGCGCGGCGGCGACGGACUCCGUGACGCCGGCGACGCUCUCCGCGACGCUGUCGUAG